AUGAGACCAGAAUAUGUGCCGCCUUCACGUGAAUUGCUUAGUGGUAGAUUUUUAAAUCAAAAAACGGCAAGAAUUAAUAAAAAGAUUAAGAAAAUUAUCGAAGAUUUCGAGAAUCUAACGCUUGCGAUUGAUGGAUGGACCAAUAAGUUGAUUACUUAUUAUAAUGAAGUUUAUGGUAAAAAGAUGGAUGUUGAAUUCAGCUUCAUGUCAAAUCUGAUCAGUCAAGGUUUACAGAAUGAUUCGUUCUGGAUAGAACCUAUCAAAGAUAUUGGAAUUCGGAGGUUCCAAAUAGAACCUAUCAAAGAUAUUGGAAUUCAGAGUUUCCAGAUAGAACCUAUCAAAGAUAUUGGAAUUCAGAGGUUCUGGAUGGAACCUAUUGAUGAUUUUGAAAUUUGGAGAUUUUGGAUGAAAUCUAUCAAAGAUUUUAGAAUUUGGAGAUAUGCUUACCUCUGA